CUUUGAGAUUCUCAGAAAUCUCCCCACAUCAGAAUUUCCGCCAUGGAAAUCUCCACGAAGCUUCUCCAUCUUCCUUCACCAAUAAUUAAUAAAUCUUUUAUAUAACUCAACUCAACUCAACUCAUCUCCUCUUCUCCUCAGCUUCCCCCAAAAUCUGUCCGAUCCGCAGAAAUGUCUGGAAUGCUCCCUGGAGUUGAAGCCGCGAGAAGGCGACGAACUCACCAUCGAGACGCGAAGAACAGCAGCGAUGGCAGCAGCAGCAGCAGCAGCAGGAGAUCGUCUGCUUCCUGUCUCUACGCGGCAAAGGCUUUCGAAAAACUCCACAUCUCUCUCACAAUUCCGUAUCUGCGCCAGCACAAGAAAUUUGGCGAUGGCGAUGAUGAUGAGCUUGACGCCGUAGCCAGAGAGGCUAAGAAGAGAUUGGAUCUGAGAUUGCAAACGCAUUUCGAUAAAAGGAAAUCGAAGGGUUCUUCAAAAUGAUCUGGAUUGAUGAUGAAGUGAUGAUGAUCUGUUAAGAUCAAUUUUAGUGUUGAUGAUGAAUAGAAUAGUAUAGAGAUAGUCGAGUCGAGUUGUUCUUUAAUUCCCUUUGUACAUAUAUAUACAGGAUACUCAAAUACGAGGUUUCAAGAAUGUUCAUCGAUU